UUUCUAAGUUAUGAUGCAGUAAGUUUACUAGGAAAAAGAUUCACGAAUGCAAUUUUGACGUUACUAGUACUUUAACAUUUUAACAAAGUACUAGUAUUUUGCAAUGUCAUCGAAUCAAGGGAACGCGACACGCUUGAGCAAAAUUGCUGCACAUUUAAGCUUAAGCUUACAGAGUAAUCAUUUGCAUCCUURCACAAGAAUUCCCAGCCAAUCAUUAUGUAGUAAUUCUACAUCCAAGGGACAGUUUAUCACUACUAAAGAUAAAGAAGGACCUGAAAAAGGUGAAAGAUUUUUGUCARAUCUACUUGAUAUCAGCCCAAAUGAGUCAUGGUCAAAAGAAACAAUGAGAAUUUAUAAUGAACUUUGHAAGCAAGUUGAUGAAAGCAAUGGAUUAUGGGAGAUCUGUGAAUGGYRUGCCUAUACUGGUGGCAAGUACAGGUCAUUCUAUUCGAGUAUUGAUCAAAAUGGAAAAAGGCUGUUUGCAUUUAGUGUCAUUUUAAACAAGACUGAAAAACAUAUGAAAGGAGUUUGUCAGUUUGGGCCUUGCACAAUGGGACCUACAGGUUUUGUUCAUGGUGGGGCUAUUGCAACAAUGCUGGAUGUGUUCACAGGUGGCCUUUCUGGUAGGUUUGGAUAUCAAACCCUGACAGCAAAUCUCACGGUGGAUUUCAAACUGCCUGUUCCUGUUGAAUCUACAGUUCUCAUUGAGUCAAAGAUUGAAUCAAUAGAAGGAAGGAAAAUGUAUAUUAGUGGAGAAAUAAAAAGUUCAGAUGGACUUCAGUUGUAUGCCACAGCAAGGACUUUAUUCAUAGUGGUUGGUCUCAGCAAUAAAAGUAAAGUGCAAGAUAAGGAAGUACCUAAAAAAGAUGAGAGAUUUUYAUCCAAACUACAAUACAUCAAUCCAAAUGAGUCAUGGUCAAAAGAAUCAAUACGACUUUAUAAUGAACUGAGGAAGCAAGUUGAUGAAAGCAAUGAAUUAUGGGUGGUACCUGAAUUAACUCGCCAUAUUGAUGACCAUAGAAGAUUUCAUAAAACUGUUGAUCAAAAUGGAAAAAGACUGUUUGAAUAUUAUGACAUAUUGAACAAGGCUGAAAAACAUAUCAAAGGGUUUUGUCAGUUUGGGCCAUGGACAAUGGGACCCAGAGGUUAUGUUCAUGGUGGGGCUAUUGCAACAAUGCUAGAUGUAUUCACAGGAGGUAUCCCUAAUAGAAUUGGAUAUAGAUCAGCSACUGCAAAUCUUUCAGUGGAUUACAAGUUACCUCUUCCUGUUGGAUCUACUGUUUUAAUGGAAGCAAAAAUUGAAUCCAUACAAGGAAGGAAAAUUUAUAUCAAUGGAGAAAUGAAAAGUUCAGACGGACUUCAAGUAUAUGCCACAAUAAAGACUUUAAUGUGCACASCACGUAAUCCCAAUCAACGAAAUGCAUGAGAAUACCAAAUUAACCACAUAUGUAAUCAGUUCGUUACUUCUCAAUAAAUUUUGAUACUUGUGCA